UUUAGGAAGUGGUUUCACUUGGCCAAUUCCUAGGGUGACAGUAGAGUCAAGUCAUGCAUAUCACCGACGGCAGCCCUCUGGAAUGUUUGGGCAAUCUCGAGAACGUACCACUCCACAUUCAAGGUACUACCUUUCCAGUCAAUCUCCAUGCAAUAUCUUUAUCGGGGUUCGACAUUGUGUUGGGCGUCCAGUGGCUAGCUACAUUGGGGACAGUCCAGUGCAAUUGGAAGACGUUGGAACUUGAAUUCUUUUGGAAAGGCAAAAUCCAUCAUCUUAACGACAUCAAUAAAGAUACUCCUUCCAAGGUUGACCUGAAGUGCAUUACCGAAGAAGAAAUUCAGCUCCUAGCCAUUUGCAUUCCCAUUACAUCAGAAGAUCCCCUGAGGCAAGUUCCACCAGAGCUUCAUUCACUCAUCCGUGAAUUUGGGGAUUUAUUUGAGGAACCCGAUCAGCUGCCACCGCAAUGAACUAUAUCACACAAGAUCGAGCUGAAAGCGGGCGCGGAUGCCAUGAAUGUGCGACCGUACCGCUACACGCACUUUCAAAAAGCUGAAAUAGAAGCUCAAGUAAAUAAGAUGAUGUCGG